GGGGCGUCCAUAAAUUACGUGAGAUGAUUAAAGGGGGGAGGGGGUCGAGUCAAAUCUCAUCUAAUCUCACGUUGGGGAGAGGGGGGGUCUCAACAAAUAUCACGCAAUUUAUUCUCUGAUUGAAACAAAAAAAAAAUUAUACUAUUUUGGUCCAUUUAAUCCAAAUUGUAUGUACAUGCUUAAAAUUUAAUCUUAAGCGCCAUCGUAAUACGAUUACGAUUAUUCACUAAUUCGUUCGAAAGAAAAUAAUUUCAUUCAUACUUCGACGUUAUACAUCUACUGAAUGUCAAACCACCAUAUUUAUUUUAUUCCCAAUAGCUCAAUUUAGUCUGAAUUUACGGUACAGUGUAGCCUGUUCUUUGUUUUCGCGCCACUGUCAGCCGAACUUGCGACUCGAUGAACGAGAGCGUACGAGCUGAGUGGCAGCGACACACUGACAGGUUCUAACCUUCUUUGUUUAUUCUUGUAAUUGUUUUACUCGACUCAGUGCAUGCUCUUACUAUUUUAAAAUGAGUUAUCAAGAUUUUUAUAACGCAUACGUCAAAAGAUACGUCUAUAAGACAAAGAAGUCCUGCCAGGACGAUGUGAUAAAAUUAUGGAAUACCGCGAAGCAAAAAUUCCCGAAGAAAGAAGAGUUAACACAUCACAUUCAACAUGAGAUUGAACGGCUUCUCAGAGAAGCCACUGAGAGAAAAGUUCGGUCUACUUUAGCAUUCCUUCCAAAGACUAACACUAAGAUUUUCAACAAUUCUUUGAUUCAGGCUGGGACAAGCACUGAGAGUGUUCCAAACGUGGAAUGUACAGGUCAGGUUCAGAUCAACGAUCAUAAUAUUCAGCACGCGGAAUCUGCGGUUCAGGAUGAGAUUAAUGACCAGCAGUCAGGAGAUCAAGAUUUGGACGUUGGCGCUCAACCGGCAGGUGCUUCGAAACGGAAAAAUCAACCUCUUGUGAUCAGCGAUGAUGAGGAUGAAGCUAUGUCGAACACUACACCAUCCAACUGAAAAUCAUAUGGACAUGUUAGUUCCAAUAAUCUCUCUUGAGACCGCGCAUAAUUCUCCAUGGACUGAAUUAGAGUAGAUAUUCUUUUUUUUUAAAUCACAAUAGUCAUGAUUUAAGUAUUCUAUUGUUAAAUUUUUAUUACAUUUAUAACUCUCAGCAAUGACAGCAAUAUUGAUUAUUAGUCUUAACUAGUCGUAAAUAAAAGCACGAACCAAAUUGUUUUUUUCUUUUUACAAUAAACAAUCCAACGCGUUUACGUAAUAAACCCACAUUCAGAAAAAUCUCACGUGAGAUUGGGGGUC